CACUAUUCAAGCCCAUACUGUUGUUUAACCAAAUCCCCUCCACACCACCCACGUACUCACACAAACAGUAACAUCCUGAUUUAAAACUAACAGAUGGACUGAAAUUCAACUCAAUCGCCUGUUGCUACCUAAUCAUUUUGACUUUAACUCUUCAAUUUCUCCAGUCCACUUUCACACACACAUUCUCCAUCUACAGAUUCCACUCAUCAACUCUCUCUCACCAUUUCAAUCACCCACCGUCUCAACCUGAAAUUCAACUCAAAAUCACUUCCCAAAUCCUUCAGGUGUUGUUGAAGAUGGUGUUAUUACGGAGAAGGUUGAGUUGCUGUACAUGGAACAGAGGAAUCAGUAACAGUAUGGACUUUGAUCAACCACAGGACCGAAUCAUGACAUACAACGGCCUUGAAAGCUGCAUCCUAAACGCUAACUCCUAUGACAACGAAAGUGUUGCAAGUAAAGAACACGGAUGCCCAACCGACUCACCGUCCAGCUGUUGUUCUAGUAACAAUCCAUCUGGAUCAUCGUUUUCUCAGUGGAGUAUGAUGAAACGGGACGAAAACGAACACGGUCUGGAUGAAUGGGACGACUCAGAGGGGGGCCCACAACAGUUUAUUACCAAAGAGAAGUUGUCGUAUACGGUUAAAUACGCAGAUGUUGAGGGUAUGAAGGAAAAGUUUUCGAAGCUUUUGUUGGGUGAAGAUGCUACAGGUGGACGUAACGGAGUCUCACCUGCUUUGGCUUUGUCCAAUGCCAUAACAAAUCUAGCCGGAACCGUUUUUGGAGAGUUAUGGAAACUCGAGCCUCUGACGGAGGAUAAAAGGAACAAGUGGAGAAGAGAGAUGGACUGGUUGCUUUCUCCGACCAACUAUAUGGUUCAGUUAAUUCCCGCUAAGCAAUGUGGGCCCGACGGCAGGACAUUAGAGAUAAUGACACCGAAAGCUCGUGUAGACGUUCAUUUGAAUCUCCCAGCGCUACAAAAGUUAGACUCUAUGCUUCUUGAAACAUUGGAUUCUAUGACGGAGACAGAGUUUUGGUAUGAGGAAGAUGGUAGCCGAGUGGAAGGAAGAGACGGGAACGUAAAGGAAAGUAAAAGAUGGUGGCUUCCGGCCCCACAAGUACCCGUAGGUGGUCUUUCAGACGGUGAACGGAAGAAGUUGCUUAAUCGUGCGAAAUUGGUUCUUCAAAUCUUCAAGGCUGCUAAAUCGAUUAAUGAAGCUAUCUUGCUUGAAAUGCCUAUACCCAAGAUCAUCAGUGAUGCGCUUCCCAAGUCUGGAAAGGCAAGCCUUGGUGAGGAUCUUUAUAGGGUACUAACCAGAGUCUCCUCGGCUUCCAUUAUGCUCCAUUCUCUGAGUUUAAAUUCCGAAAACAGCGCGCUUGAUGCCAUUAACCGACUGGACGCAGCAAUACAUGCAUGGAAAGACAAGAUCGUAGAACAUGACGGUGGUAAAUCUCCAGCAAGAACAUCAUGGUCAUUCAGAGAUCCCGUCUCUGGACUUGACAAGACCGAGUUGCUAAUAAACCGAGCUGAAAAUCUUUCACGGGAAAUCAAGAUCAGAUAUCCAAACCUCCCUCAAAAGUUUCUUGAUGUCAUGAAAAUCCAAUAUGGCAAGGAUGUCGCUCAUGCAAUCAUAGAAGCCUAUUCUCGUGUUCUUAAAAACUUGGCAUUCAGCAUACUAACAAGAAUCGGAGACAUCUCUCAAGAAGACGUUUUAAGCGACCCCAAUUCACCAAUGGCAAAAAAUAGCCUUAUCGGUGUGAAUAUUCCGAGCAUUGUAGGUGUAUCUAGUUCAAAUACAAAGGCAAGGCGCACAUUAAUUGAUAAAAUGGAUACUAUAGAGGGGAAGUUGAGUUUAUUAAAAACAAAAGAAGCUUCUGAUACAGCAUUGUUAAGUGAUGAAUCGAACCUAAGAUCGGUGACAGCGACACCUAGUACAAGCUCGGGAUGUGUUGGCAAAGAGUCUUAUUUUUCGUCGCCUACGGACACCCCUAGAUCUUGGUAACAUCUAGUAAAUGAGUUGUAAAUGAUGUUUUAUGGCUUUUGUUAUAUAUAAAAUUGUGGCUGAGUUUAAUUAUUUAAGUACGGAUUGAUUAGAAAAACCUGAACUCAUGGUUGUGUAACCAAGUGAGACAGAUGCGGCAAUUUCAACUUAAAAACAUGUCACUUUGACAAUUUGUUA